AUGCGAUUUUGUGCCCAGCACUCGAAAGACCUCGAUGCAGCAUUGAAUUCUCUGCCAACAAGUCCCUCAAAUGAUGCGACUUCCAAUCCGCCCGCUUCCCGGUCGCCCUUGAAAUUACACCCCGCACAGAAGGGCGUCCCGCCACCAUCGACAGAGUUGUCCACACUCCUUCUCUCACUUCGGAAGCUACGCGAAGCCGUUCUGGCAACAGCCACGACUAUACCGGCAGAAUUCUCACAGCGGGUUCAUGUAUUCUCCAUUCGCUUGUCUAUUCUCGCGCAUCACCCGCCAUCAUACUUCCCCUCUCUACGAUACGUUCUGGAUAAACUGCACUCCACAUCUCACCCACUUCCCGGCGCCGAAGCCAUGGAACUGGUCACUUAUUUGAUUCUCGACUAUGCCUGUCGGCAAGGAGAUAUGAUUGCGGCAUUUGAAAUGCGUGCCCGAGCGCGAAAAGAGCAUUCCUACCAGUCACAGACGGUGGACAAGGUUUUGGCUGCCUUGAUGCACGAUAACUGGGUGAUGUUCUGGCAAUUACACAACAGUGUGGAUUCUCACAUCCGUGCAGUGAUGAAUUGGGCCGCAGACAGAGUUCGCAGGCAUGCGCUCAAGGCCGUAGGCAGUGCCUAUCUUAGCGUGCACAUCAGUUGGAUUUUGGGUGGCUGUACAGGAGACGAACAGAGUUGGACAUGGCAGAAAUUGGUCGAGCAAGAAAAACUUCGUUGGGAGCGGGAAGGCGAUAGGAUUAUCAUCAAGCGACUGAAGCAGAGGGCCCCUCCCAAGCCGGAGCCAAGCGGAUCAAGUGCAUGA